UAUAUAUAUAGUCCCACUUAUACUUUGACUAAUAGAAGAACGAAUAUUUAAAAAAACUUAUUUAACAAUCUGAUUUGAAAUAGUAUCAAGUUUCAUGAAAAUGUUACGAGUCAUAAGUUAACGUGAUUUAUUUUAUUAUCCCGCAUAAAAAAAUAUAUACUACAGCAAAAUUCUAUAUAUGUGGCUUACAUCUUAAGUAUUAUCUCAUGUAUGCUAUUUUGCCGGCGUAUAUUUCCGGAUAUCUAUUUUUCGUAUGCAAUAUUGCUUAGGGACUCCAAUAGAAAUACAAAUACUCUAAACGGAUCAAGCUACGUAAUAAACGGAGGUAAUAAUAGUAAAAUCACACUAUAUUGAUUGAAUAAUCUUAUAGCUUUUUGAAUGGUGAAUAAAAAUACUGAACUAAGUUUCCAGAUGCAGUAUUAAUAUUAUGGCGUCAUCCACUAAAAAAAAUUGUUAAAAUGACAUCAGAAAUGCAAAGUCUUUUUGUGGACUUUAUUAUGCUGUGUUAGAAAUUUUCCGGUUGGCAAACACUACUAGUAGGAGUUUGCCGAAGUUCUAUGUAUUUUGUAUCGGAUUUUGAAUGAUGCCUACUUGGAACGUUUGUUAUCAGGAAAUUUUCCAUUCGCAUUGCAUAUGGCAAAAAUAUUAAGCAAGGCACUCUUAAGGGACAUAUGUAUUCAGUUUUGGCGGAACGACUUUUUUAAAAGAAUAAAAUUGAACUUUUUUCUAUCAUUAAUUUCGUUGCUAACUUCAGAGAAUUUUACGAAAAUUGAAUAACUGAUAAGGAUUCAAAACAAGUGUCUUCAGUGUACACUCGUAAAUCUUAUCGAUCAUAAAAACCAUUGUCACGAAUGUUUUUAAUGUGCAUGUACUACUAAUUCUUUUGUUAAGCUUCUGCCGUUUUUAACAUGAAUACAAAUCAGUUAGUAUUACAUGCUAAUAGUGACAAAACUAUAUAUGUGUUAUUUGAUUUCCAGGUUCAACUAUUUUGGAUUGACCUCGAUAGCUUCAUCCAACGAAUUGUGAUUUUAUUCCUGUUUUAGAAAAAAAAGAUUAUGUCAUCGAUCCGGCUGAAUGCCGCUGUAUUAGCUCAGUUGGGCUCAGAUAGGCUCGCCCGAUUCAAGCCACAGGCCGAUUCGGUAGUCUGGAUUACUAGAUUCCUUCAUUCUAUACCAGCAGUCAUUGAAAAGUGAUAGUAAAUUUUAAAAGUACACGUAAGUAGUAACGUCUUUAUUGUUUAAUAACUACAAUGAUUCUUAAGUUUUGGCAAUAUGUUUUAUAAGAUUAUUAAGUGUUCAAAAAUCAUAAUUAGGAUUUUUCUUUUAUUCAGAAUGAGUGGUAUGAGAGAACGCACCCACGCUAUACGGACCAAAGAAGAUAGGGAUAAAUUCGCGGACAUUGCCCGUCAAUGUAGAGAAAAAAGAGAUAUCAAUGCAGUCACAGACCAGCUGGUGAAGCUGAGUCUGGACUCAUCGAAAAAUCGUUACGACCCGUCCCAAAAGGCGUCAUGCUCUUACAAAUCUUCUAAAUAGAAUAAGUUUCUUUUUCUUUUUAUAUCAUGAUUAAUGCUAAUAGAUGAUGUAGAAAUAAUGAUGCUGUGCAUAUUAUUUUAA